AUGGCGCAUACUGCACUCGACGAUGAAGAAAUUAAGGAAUAUUUCGAUACACCAGAUGAACUUGAUCAGAAAAUCAAAAUUUUAGCAGAUUUUAUUCGAAAUGCAAAAUAUUUUAUUGUCUAUACUGGAGCAGGUAUAUCGACAGCAGCCGGUAUUAAUGACUUCCGCGGUCCUACAGGUGUUUGGACAGCUCGAGCAAAAGGUAUUGCUCCACCACCACGGACUGUCCUCAGUCCAGAACCAACAUUGACACAUAUGGCUUUCGUCGAACUCAUGAAAAGCGACUACCUGAAAUUCUUAGUUUCUCAAAACUGUGAUGGUCUUCAUCUGAAAAGUGGCAUACCAACAAACAAAAUUGCUGAACUACACGGAAAUUCCAACUGUGAAGCUUGUGCAAAGUGUGGGAAAGUUUAUUAUAGACAAACACGUGUUAAAUCACUUGACGGUAAAACUAGGCUAACUGGAAAUUUGUGUACAGCGCCGAAUUGCAAUGGGCGUCUACGUCGCACAACCGUUGCAUUUUCUCAGUCGAUGCCUGAUGUUUGCCUGGAAAGAGCAACUGAAGAGUCAAAAAAAUGCGAUUUAAGUCUAUGUAUUGGAACGUCAAUGCGAGUUUCACCUGCAUGUGAACUUCCAUCUAUGAAGUUAAAAUCUGGAAAGAAGAAGAUGGUCAUCAUCAGUGAGUGAACUUUCCUUUACGCCUUUUUCACAAUUUUCUUUCCUUAAACAUAGAUUUACAGAAGACCCCGUAUGACGACCAAUGUGCGCUGAGAAUAUUUGCACGAUGUGAUGAUGUGAUGAGAAUGGUGCUGAAAGAAUUAGGUUUGGUAAUUCCACCCUAUACCGAUCUACAAUUGUGGGCAGAUGCGGCAUGGG